CAAAAAAAAGGAAAAAUACUCAGCCACAUGGGAUGACAAAAAGUUUUUUUGACUUUUUAACAACUGGUCUUUAGUUACGUUUUCACAAAUAAUCAAAAACGGAAAAUAAUGAAGUAGACAAUAAGUUACUUUCCAUUUUUUUGCAGCUGCACUUUAGUUAGUUUCCUGUUCUGUACAAGGAAAAAGGAAACUUCGAGAAGGUCAGUAUUUACCAGCGGUAAAUUAUAGAGACAACAAAAAAUGGAAAAUGUGUAGUGUUUGCUCUAUAAAUACUUCUCCUACGUAUCUACUCUCCUUACAAUUCCAUCUUGUUUUUUCCAUCGUUUUGUUUUCCUUCCCUCUACUCUGUUAUUGUUAAUGGGUAUCUGCAACCAGAUGACGGAGACUUCAACCUCAAGCAACCCUGUGUUGCCUCUCAAGAAGCGCAAGAGACCUGUCGAUGACACAACAGACAAUGUCCUCGCUGUUGCCACAAAAAAGGUUGCACCUUUAGGGAAUUCAAAAUACAAAGGAGUAGUUGAACAUCAUCGUAACGGUCACUGGGGCGCUCAGAUAUACAUUGACCACAAGAGGAUUUGGCUAGGAACUUUCAAAUCUUCUGUUGAAGCCGCCAUGGCUUACGAUAGCGCAUCCAUCAAGCUCGGAAGCUUUGAUGCUAAUUGUCACAGGAACUUCCCUUUGAAUGCUUCCACGGUUCACGAGCCGAACUUUCAAAAAGGCUACACAACGGAAGCAGUGUUGGAGAUGAUCAAAGACAGUUCUUACCAACAAAAGUUUAAAGAUUAUCUCAGUCUCCCUUUUCAUAAUGUCGCUAGUAUCAACUUAGUUGGAUCAGAACGAGUCCAAGGAGAUCAAGACUCAACCCAGUACUGUUUGACAUGCGCAGAGCUAUUUCGGAAGGGAUUGACUCCAAGCGAUGUUGGAAAACUUAACCGGCUUGUGAUACCUAAGAGGCAUGCAGUAAAGUAUUUACCUUUCAUAAACGAGAGAGAAGAGGGUGAAAUAGUAGAGGACGUUGAGGUUGUGUUUUUUGACAAAACAAUGAAACAGUGGAAGUUCAGGUAUUGUUACUGGACAAGUAGUCAGAGCUUUGUCUUCACCAGUGGAUGGAAACGUUUCGUCAAAACAGAGAACUUCGUUAACUCUAAGCUAAAAGAAGAAGAAACCAAAUCAGUGGAGAACAAAGGAGGGUUUAUGCUCUUUGGUGUUAAGAUCCAAUAGCUACUUCGAUUUUAUUUAAUGACUUCGUUAGAGUUUGUUUCUAAUAUAGAGUUCAUAAUGUACUUUUUUGAAUUGCAACAGUUAAUAUACUGAUUUAGUUGGAAACAAGACUUUUUCAAAUCAAAUCUUCUUUUAUAGUCGCAUAUAACCAAAAGAAGAAAAAAAAAACGGAAGGAGAAAUCUCAGAAAAUAGCUUAGAAAAAAAAAAUCUCAGAAAUAUAAAAUUAAAACUUACUAAUUAUUUUCUUAGCGUCUUGAAAAACUAAAAGUUCAUUAUUGAUUGGUAAAUAAAAUCUAAACUGUUGUCAAAAAAAAGAGAAAAAAAAAAAAUCUAAACCUUUUUUUCA